AGGAGAACUCUGGGGAAGGGGCCACCCAUCUCCCUGUCCGUCCCCAGUUCCCGCGCCCCUGUCUACUUCUUCGAGUUCCAGCAUCGACCCAGCUUCACAAAGGACCUCAGGCCGCCCCACGUGAGGGCCGACCACGGCGAUGAGGUUGUCUUUGUGUUCAGAUCGUUUCUCUUUGGCAGCAAAGUGCCCCUCACUGAGGAGGAGGAGCUGCUGAGCAGGAGGGUAAUGAAGUACUGGGCCAACUUUGCUCGCAACGGGAACCCCAAUGGUGAGGUCCUGCCGCACUGGCCCAUGUUCGACCAGGAGGAGCGAUACCUGCAGCUGAACGUGCAGCCUGCAGUGGGCCAGGCCCUGAAGGCCCGCAGGCUCCAGUUCUGGACCCAUACCCUGCCCCAGAGGGUCCAGGAGCUGAGGGGCGCUGAGCAGAAGCACACAGAGCUGUAGCUGCCAGUGUGGGGGUGGGGGCCCCUAAUGUGCCCAUGUAAACUCACAGAGGAGAGAUUUAUUCAGCACUCUCACAUGACCACUUAUUCCUCCUGGCCUCCCUCCACUCAGCAGACCAUUGUGGAGAAUCCAUGGCUUGAGGUUCAUUGCCAAGCCUGCCCUGGGGCCCUUGAGUGAGACACACCCAGUACACCCUCCAUGGAGCUGUGUUGGGCAACACCAGUGCCUGCCCAGCUUCCUCAACACCCGCUGGGCCUGAGUCCCUCCCAAUGUCCUCCACUCUACCCACUGCCCUCUCCUGUCCUCCCAGCCCCAGAACCCUCCCCACGUGGAGGGAGCUGUGUUGGGGAUUGUUGCUCACACAUGGGUGCCUUAAGCCCUAUAACCUGCUCCUCCUCCCAGCAUGCCCUGUGAUCUCACAUCUCUUAGUGGCCACAGAGGACCAGACUCCAGGAGCCACCGUGGCUUCAUCCCUUUAUGCUGCCAUGCGUGGCGUCCUCAAUCCCAUCCACGCAGCACAAA